AUGAGAAGAAAUGCGAGAAUAGAAGAUAUCAAACGGUGCUUAUUCAAUGAUUGAAUGUAUUGUUUUAGUGAUAUAUUUUUUCAGACAAAGCACAAUUACAAUUGAAUCGUGGAAUACUGAAACCAAUACUUCAACAACAAGGUUUGACUUCUUUCUUUCUAUUCUAUAUUUCUCUCUUCAAUUCUGUUGACAGAAAAUUAAUUUCAUUUCGACACUGCUGAACAAAAAAGAAAAAAGCGAAAAAAACUUAAUUUAUAGUCAACAUCAUUUCGUUUUAUGUUCGUGGAGAUUUCAAAAAUAAGCCUGUCUCAUUUCUCAAACGAAAAUUUUUCCCCCAAAAACAGGUGUAUUCUAUGUUCGAAAUUUUCUCGAAAAGCAGGUGAUCUAUUUUUUUUUAUAAAUAUACUUUUACUUUUACUUCUGGGGAAGGUUUUCCAAUAUAAAAUUCAUUAAAUAUUAUUUUAUUUGAAAUAAUAAAAAACUAAACGUGAAUUGACGUGGAAUUUCAAAAAUCAUUGGAAGACGUGUCAUCCACGUUUCUACCGCCCAUUUUUUGCACUGCCUGAAACAUGUUUUGAUCUUUUCGCUCUGUAGUUUUGAUUGAUCAAAAAAGAAGAGAAGAAGAAGAUUGUCAUCGUCUUCUUCUUUAUAUUUUUCCUUUUUUAUGAUACAACAUUGAUAAUAACCAAGAAGUGAAGAAAGAAGUAUAUGUUAUUUCUAUUAUUCAUCAAAGAUUUAUAAGGAUGAUAUUCAGUGUUACGCCUUCAACAACUUCCACAAUAUUGACUUCAAAUGCAGUUAUUCCGAUCGCACAUCGUUUGGUGACAGUAAAAGGUCCUUAUAUUGGUUUCAAAAAAUGUUGUGAAUGUCGAAAAUAUUUGAUUUAUUAUACCAUGAAAAAAGAGGAUAUUUAUGUUUGCCAAGUUUGUGGGUAAGUUAAAUUUAAAAAAAAGAAAAUGUAUUUGAAUACCGUAUUCCUAGUUUGUAGUUUGUCUGAAUCUGAAAAUUUUACUAUGUUUUUUGCAGUGACGAAUAAUAUUUCUCAUUUCAAUUUUCACAUUCGCAAUAAUUAAUUGAAAAAAAAACCUAUUGCCACGUCUUAGUUCACGUGUAAUAAAAAAUUGUUUGCAGUGUUCGUGUUCAUGGCGGUUGUGUUGAUCGAAUUACUAAUAAUUGUGUUAUGACCUCUCAAUAUGUUGGAGGUUUAGUUCAAAAUGCUAUCAUUAGAAAGAAUAAGGUAUUUUAUAUUUCGAAUUUCCAAAAUCAAAUAAUAUUUUUAUUUUUCCAGACAAAAUGGGAUCCAACAUGUCAUACAGCACCUUGUUCGUCUCCAUCUUCUCCUUUGUCGCCAGCUUCAUUAUGUUAGUUUAUUUUAUAACAUGUAGACAAAAAUACAAUUGAAUUGUUUUGCAGUAAAUGUAAAUAGUAGUCCGAAAUAUAAAUUCGAUGAAGAAGAUGACGAGGAAAGACAAAUGACAUGGGAAGAUGUGACUAUUAAACAAAAAGAUGUUAUUAUUAAAGGAAGAAUUGGUGAAGGUAGAUUUGGUGUUGUUCAUUUCGGUGUUUAUCAUGGCGAUGCGGCUAUUAAAUUUGUGAAUAUGAAUUAUGUUGAAGAAGAAAGUCGAAAUGAAACAUUCAAAUCAGAAGUUGUUGCCGCAUAUAAGGUUUUUUUUCUUUUUUGAUUCAUAAUCUGAAUGUUUUUUGUGUUCAGAAUUCCCGACAUGAUCACAUUGCUCUAUUCCUUGGUUAUUUCUCAAAUCCAAUAACUAAUACAUUUGCAAUUGUAACAAAUUAUUAUCACGGAGAUACUUUAUUUAAUCGAUUACACGAAUCAAAUGAAGAAAUUGAGAUGAAUUGGAUUUUCAAUAUUUCUCUACAAAUUUGUCAAGCAAUGUCAUAUUUGCACACAAAAAACAUUCUUCACAAAGAUUUGCGAACCAAAAAAUAUAAUGCUCGAUAA